AUGAUCUUUACGGAAGAUAUGGGACUUAGCCAGGCCCGGCGCCAGAAGCGCGUGACAGACAAGAACGCCCUGAGCGUGAGAGAAUUUCGGGGAUGUGACAGCAGCGUCGUGUCAUUACUUUCUGUAGUCCGCAUGAGGCAAGCCUCAUCUUUCUCAACUGGAGUGCACCUUGCGCCAUCAAGAAGAUCGCCAAGCAAGCCCAGGUGUCAGCCGCCCAAAAGUGCUUGGAUGCUCGGACCGCAGCAUGGGCCUCUUGCUGCAGCCGGAGUUCACGCGCAAGAAGAACCAGCCAUGGAUGCUUGGAUCCUCCAAGGAGACGGCAGGACGCGCAGUUCCCCCAGCCUUCAGUCAUGUAACUUGAUUCUGAUGUAA